CUCAAUACCAUAUUCAACCACCUUGACAUCAAGGAUAACUUUGAUAUUCACCUGGUUUGCCCAGUUUGCCACCACAUUUAUCCUCAUGAUUCUCAAGGUGAUGCAAAAUGUUUGAAUUGCUCUGAACCUUUAUUUGAGCCCAGCACAUCAAGAACCAAACCACGGCCAUGUCUACAGUGUCCACAGAAUCCACUCUCGAAUGCGAUCCUUCAUCUUCUCUCUUGCACAGGAAUUGAGGAGGAACUUGAUGCUUGGCGCUGCCAUGUUCCAGAACCUGGGAAGCGUGCUUUGAUUCAAGAUGGUGAGAUAUGGAGAACCAUCAAGGGAAACGAUGGCGAGCUCUUCUUUGACAAUAGUCCAGAAUGUCCCAACAAAGACAAGCUUCGCAUUGGUAUCACACUAGGAUUUGAUGGAUUUGGUUAUCAGUGCAGUUGUAAUGCAGGAACGCACAGCUUGGGCGUCCUGUCAAAUUGUAUUGCAAACUUGCCAACACAUUUGCAGUAUGUACUUGCUACAGUUAAUGUUUGCUUCCUGACUUUGAACACUUGGCCAAAAGAGUUUGAUAGUGAUGAGUUGCAAUUUUUCAUGAAAAACUACAUUGACAACUUAAUCUCACUCUACGAAAACAGAAUCAUGGUCAAGACGCCAAAUUAUCCCAGCGGUAUGUCAUCAAUUUGUAUGAUCCUGGUUGCUGUCUGUUGUGACCACCCUGCACUCUGUAAAGUCUGCGGGUUUGGAGGUCAUCGCAAGGAAGAGGGAUUUUGCACUCUGUUAGGUAUCAUAUGUUGUCACUGGUAUGAUUCGUGGAUUCAAACCAACACCAUACGAAAGCAGACUGACAAAAAAAAACAUGAACUGGAUCAGAUUCAUGAUUAUCUAAUGAUGGUAUGUGAUCAAUUCAUUCAAGCUUUUUUCUCAUCUGCCUGUUUGACCAAUUUGAAAUGCCCAACUGGGUUGGACGUUUACCUGAACAAGUGGGCUAUCCUGCUGGAGGUUUGUUGA